GCCGUCCCCCAUGAACCGCGUCAUCGCCUCCUCCCUGGGCUCCCACUCCGUCUCCCUCUCCUCAGCCCCCGGCAUGAAUUUCGUGACUCACGCCAGCCCACAGCUCAACGUCCUGAGCAAUGUCAGCAGCUCGGAAGACAUCAAACCCUUGCCAGGUCUCCCAGGGAUUGGAAGCAUGAAUUACCCAUCCACGAGCCCAGGAUCCUUAGCCAAACACAUCUGUGCCAUCUGCGGGGACAGGUCCUCAGGGAAGCACUAUGGGGUGUACAGCUGCGAGGGCUGCAAGGGCUUCUUCAAGCGGACCAUCCGCAAAGACCUGCUCUACACCUGCCGCGACAACAAGGACUGCCUCAUAGACAAGCGCCAGCGCAACCGCUGCCAGUACUGCCGCUAUCAGAAGUGCCUCGCGAUGGGAAUGAAGAGGGAAGCUGUGCAGGAGGAGAGGCAGCGGAGCCGGGAACGGAGUGAGGCCGAAGCGGAGUCCACGAGCGGCGGCAGCGAGGACAUGCCCGUGGAGAGGAUCCUGGAGGCCGAGCUGGCUGUGGAGCCCAAGACGGAGGCGUAUGGUGACGUGGGCACGGAGAGCUCGACCAACGACCCUGUCACCAACAUAUGCCACGCCGCUGACAAGCAGCUCUUCACGCUCGUCGAAUGGGCCAAGCGCAUCCCCCAUUUCUCCGACCUGACACUGGAGGACCAAGUCAUCCUCCUCCGGGCAGGCUGGAACGAGCUGCUGAUCGCCUCCUUCUCCCAUCGCUCCGUGUCGGUGCAGGAUGGCAUCCUGCUGGCGACGGGCUUGCACGUGCACCGCAGCAGUGCGCACAGUGCUGGCGUGGGCUCCAUCUUCGACAGGGUUCUGACAGAGCUGGUGUCCAAAAUGAAGGACAUGCAGAUGGACAAGUCGGAGCUGGGGUGCUUGCGAGCCAUUGUGCUGUUUAACCCUGAUGCCAAGGGCUUGUCCAGCCCUUCAGAGGUGGAGUCGCUGCGGGAGAAGGUCUAUGCCACGCUGGAAGCCUACACAAAGCAGAAGUAUCCCGAGCAGCCGGGACGGUUCGCCAAGCUGCUCCUGCGCCUGCCUGCGCUGCGCUCCAUCGGCCUCAAGUGCCUGGAGCAUCUCUUCUUCUUCAAGCUCAUCGGGGACACCCCCAUCGACACCUUCCUCAUGGAGAUGCUGGAGACCCCUCUGCAGGUCACCUGAGGCUC